AUGAUGCUUUCAUCACAGCCUCUGGCUGAUGCCACCCCACCUGGCAGUGUGUUCGCUUCCGUCUUUUCCUCGUCCAACAUCAAACCUCCUCGAGAACGACAACGCUUUACCCCGGCAGCCGCACAGUCAUUACCUGUUAUCGAGACCAGUCUGAAAGAUCAUCUCCGAGCACUCCUUGGAAUUGGUGAUGAAGAGUGCGUCUAUGGUCAACCGGGCCCAGCUCCUGGCCACGGGGCUCCCUUCUCCAGCCAUUUUCCAUCUUGCCCUCCAUGGCAGCAAAUCAGGCAACCCUCAGUAAUGGACCAUGCAGCUCAAUCAGCAAAGGAUUCCAAAUCAUCAUUAUGGUCCAAACUAUCCCCAUGGGCCAAGGGAGUCGGACCUCACACUCUCAAAAAACUUCUCGCCCAGGUUCUUGACGAACUUAUGACCGAGUUUAUCACCUGGUCUUAUUCUGGGGUUUAUCGAGAUGGUCUCUACCAUCACCUUGAAUUUUGGGUCCAACACUUCUUUUCCCGUAUCGCCCAUACAGUGCUUCUCAGUCUGGACACUAACCAGAAAACACGAGAACACCUAUUCCAGGACACGGAGUUAAGAAAAUAUCAGACUUCUGCUGUGGCUCGUCUGGGUGCUCUCCGCGUCGAGGAACUUUUCGAUGUCAUUGUCGACUGGGAUGCCACUGCCCCAGCAAUCGACGACCUGAGACACUUUACAACAAACCCAACAACACGAAGUUACCUCACAUACAAUUUUGCCAAUGCCCUCCAAACCCGCCUUCUUCACCCUGGUGCCUCAACAAUCGAAAUCCUCCAGGUUUACAUCUCAAUUAUCCGCUCCUUUCGCAUCCUCGACCCAAAGGGUGUUCUUCUCGACCGAGUCGCCCGGAAGAUACGCCGGUAUCUACGAGAACGUGAUGACACAGUCAAAGUCAUCGUCGCCGGUCUAUUAGCAGACCCUCCUUCUACCAACCCAAACCCCGAACCCAACAUACUUGAAAAUUCCGAAACCCUAUCGGAGCUCGCCGUCGAAUUGACACGUACAGCAACAGCGUCCCAGGAUUCCAUCCAAGACUCAGAAUUCGACUGGAACAACAUGUCCUGGGUACCCGACCCCGUUGACGCGGCGCCAGACUACAUGAAAUCCAAAAAUACCGAUGUCAUCGGUAGCUUGAUUACGUUAUUCGACACCAAAGAUGUCUUCGUCAAGGAAUUGCAAGCAAUGCUCGCUGAAAGACUAUUGAAACACAAACCAGACUUUACCCAAGAAAUCAGUGUCCUAGAACACCUCAAGAUUCGAUUCGGGGAUAGCACCUUACAAGGCUGCGAAGUCAUGUUGAGGGACGUUUUAGACUCUCGAAAAGUCGACGGCAUAGUCAGAAAAGAACGAGGAAUGCAACAAGCCAAACCACAACAACAAUCCACCACCUCAACACUUGACCCUACUACUACAGCAAACCAACCGCCAUCCUCCCCCUCACCAACCGACAUCGGCUUACACGUGAAGAUCCUCUCCCGACUAUUCUGGCCAUCUAUGGCUGACCACGCAUUCAAAGUCCCACAAAUCGUCGCCGAACAACAACAAAGCUACGAACUCGGCUUUGAAGCACUUAAACAAUCACGAAAACUAACCUGGAUCAAUGCCAUUGGCCAAGUCGAAGUCGAACUUGAAUUACAUGAUCGAACCUAUCGCGAUCAAGUUCUCCCAUGGCAAGCCGCCGUCAUCUACGCAUUCGACGAUUUUGACGAUCAGAACAAAGAAAACGACGACAACGAAGACGAAGACGCUGAUAAUGUCGAUUCCAUCCCCCCUCCCACCACAAGAACCAUAUCCCAAUUAUCCUCCGAUCUCGAAAUGUCCGCCACCCUCGUCCGGUCGGCAUGUAUAUUCUGGGUCUCGAAACAAAUCCUCGCUGAAACCGGACGCGAUACAUUUACUGUUCUGGAACGACUCGAUCAACUCCUCAACCCCAAUGACCCCAAUCAUCCUCACCCAAAACUCCAAUCUAACGAUACUACCACCUCCGGCCAUGACCCCUCUUCCGCAUCCACCGCCGCCGCUGCGGCUGCAGCAGCUACAAUCGCGGCAGCUCAAGCGGCGAAAGAAUCGGAAGAAGCCGAACGGAAACAGAAAAUGGCUAUUUAUCAUCAAUUCAUUGUGAGUAUGUUGACGAAUCAAGGUGCGAUGCCGUUACCAAGGAUUGCAAUGAUGUUGGGAAUUGUGGUGCCAGGUGGGUUUCCGUUUAGUAAUGAAGAGUUGAAGGAGUUUUUGGCGGGGAUGGUCAAGGAUAGUGUGUUGGAGGUUGGGAAUGGUGGGGUUUAUAAGGCGGUGAUGUAG